AUGUCUCGAAUUGUGACAGCUUUUAAUAGAACAGUUGUGGAAUAUUUUCGAAAAACAAGCCUCAAUGGUUUCGGCCUGCUUUACUUUAUUCGAAAACGCCGAGUUCAGAGAAUCUUCUGGUUUUUGUUUAUUAGCGUUGGCAUACUUUUCGCUGGCUAUGCAGUGUUUUCAAUGAUUCUGGAAUUCCUCAGCUACUCAACUAUAGCAGAAAUAUCGGAAUUAAAGGUUUUGGAAGACGAAAUGAACUAUCCCGAGCUACGAAUAUGUAGUGGCUACAGAUUUAGUCACAGGAAAAUGAAGACUUAUGCACAGGAUUUAGUUUAUGCUCGUAACAAAUCGCAGGAUUAUUGGCUCAAUGAAUUGUCAUUGCUCAGGGGAUACUUUGAUCCCUUAUCCGUGAAACCAGAUGAGGUCUAUCAUAUAAAUUCCUUAGUGGCUAAAGAGAAUAUUACUUCACUUUUAUUAAGUUUAACUCCCGCCUGUGAGUCCCUAAUACUUAAAUGUAAAAUGAAUGGUAAGGGUGUCAGUUGCUCAGAGUUAUUUAUGUUAAAAGCUUACAGUCAGAGAAAUUGUUGCGUGUUAAAAGAGGAAAGUCUGACAGGAGAACUGUCAAUUUUUCUGGAUUCCUCACAAGAAGAUGCACAUUUUUUAGAAGAUAACUUUCCUGGCUUUAGUUUGCAUGUUCCAAGUUGGCUGGGUAGACUUAGCAUUAGCCCUGGUGAAAAAGCAGCUAUACAAAUAGAAGUUAUGGAGCUUCGGGGAAACGCUAAAUUAAAAGGGUAUGCCAUAGAAAAGCGAGGCUGUUAUUUUCCUGGAGAGGGCGAGAGCAGGGAAAAGUGCCUCCAUGAGUGUAGAAUAAAAGCCACGCUAAUUAAUUGCCAGUGUGUGCCAUAUCCAUUCGAGUUUAGUGGGGAAAACUUUAAGCAUUGCACUUUGGAGAAUAUAACUUGCUUGCAGUUUGUAGAGGAGAACUGGUCACCGGCUCAGUGUCCACUGUGUCUGCCGCUCUGCAAUCAAUUGUUCUAUAGAUUAAACAAACAAAUCCUGGGACAUUUGCAUCCCUGGCGAAGCGAAUUGAAUUUUAAAUUUAAAACGCCACAUCGUCAGCUGUACAAAACAAAUAUACUCUACCAUUGGUAUCAGAUGCUGUCAAACAUUGGAGGCGUGCUGGGCAUUUGCAUUGGCUGCUCUUUCAUCAGUGGCUUCGAGUUGAUCUACUUCAUGGUCUUUCGUUUGUGGUCCAACUAUCUUCGGCAGCCCGAGAUUUAAUUAAGUUAAAUGUUGCACAUACGCCA